AUGGCUCGACCAAGCGCGCGACAGCAUGCACUGUCAUCAGCUGGUUCUGCGUUAAACGAACCCCCUGACCAUCCUUCCUUGGUAGAACCGUCCCCUCGCCACCGCAGGUCGGUUGACAGGCAACAGUCCAAUGCAGACGUUAGCUUUGAUGCCGUCGGCUUAACCGAAAGUUCGCUCCUUCGAAAGUCUACAAGUGCCCCCCCUGGCAACAAAAGUACUUUUUCGGGGCCAAGAAAGGCAUCUUUCCUUCGUGAUGCCGCCCCUGCAACAGACGACGGGGGGAUGCAAAUCGGGGCGCUGUCUAAAGUAGAGGCCGAAUUCGACUUUGCCAUCAUCCUCAAGCCGUCCCGUAGCGACGAACAAGCGGUCGUGGGCAACACGGACCGUCAUAGGCCUAGCGUUGCACCCCCGCUCACGACAAACUUGAAAGGGUUUUAUAAGAAGAAUCCACUCCAAGGUACAACCGAGCUGCUUCGUCGUUUGCACAAUGCAGGCCUUGAAACCAAACGCAUUCGAUCGUUGGACGGCAAGCAACUGCUUGUCAAGGUCAAAGCCCCCCAAGCAGUGCUGGAGUUUGGCGCUGAACAAAUGAAACUCAAGAAGCAGCGUCGAGGCGACUUGAUGUGGAUCGAGUUUUCCAGCAGCCUUCGCGCAACGUUUGUGGACUUCGACACGACCGACGACAGCUGUGGGGUCAUGCAAUUCCUGGAUAAGGAUAAGCAGUCCAUCGUGUAUCACUUACUCACGUCCGACGACGGCGGAGCAGGUCUCAACGAUCAUAACGACUUGUUCGUGGCCAUGGUGGAGCACAUGAUGCCAUUGCACAAAGCCAACCUGGAGCAUCUGCGACACUCGUGGGUGUGCUACUGGCGCCCGCCUCGUGGCGUGGCGUCGUCGGCAUGUUGGGUCUCGAGGCAAGUUUCGUGCCUAGGCCGUUUGUUUGGGGAUUGCUUGACUCAACCGCUGGACGACGUGGCCACGUAUUUUGGGGAAAAGGUCGCGUUUUACUUUGCCUGGGUUGAAAUGUACACCAAGUGGCUGGUCGCGCCGGUGGUGGUGGGCAUCUUUCUCUUUGUGCAGCAAGUGCAAAGUGCCUCAUUGGACCAACCGCUGGCACCCGUGUACGCGCUGUUCAUGGCGAUUUGGGCGUCGUUGUUCCUCGUGGCGUGGAGGCGCCGGGCGAAUUCGCUGGCGUACCGAUGGGGGGUUCUCGGGUACGAAGAAGACGACGAAGUGCUUCGCCCGGCAUUCCGUACGUCCGCCACAUCUGGUCUGACCUGGAAGCGGUGGCUCAAGUACACUGUGACGUGGUCCAUCGUUGUGGGCUGCAUCGCGUUGGUUUUGACCAUUAUGUUUGCAGCCUUUACCGCGCGAGAUCGCCUCGAGGACGAAAGCGUGUCCAUCCAAAACAACGUCACAGCCACGCUGCAAGACCACGAGCUGACGCUGUCGACAUUGUCGUCCAUCCACGACGUGCUCACGCCUCGGUUCUGGUUCUACUGCCUCGUCAUGCCCAUGCUGUACGGGCUGUGCAUCCCCGUCUUCGAUAUUGCCUUUACUUGGGUCGCCACGACCAUGACGACCUGGGAAAACCACGCGACCGAGUCGGCCCACCAAAGCGCGCUCAUCCUCAAAGUGUUUCCAUUUCGCUGCAUCCACGUGUUUGCCACGCUCUACUACUACGCGUUCGCCGCCCAAAACAACUUGUUGCGAGUGGCCAUUCAGCUGGCCACGUUCAUGUUAUCUGGGCAAAUGUGGAACAACGUCGUGAAGACGGGGCUGCCACUGCUGCGUCGGCGGUACCAGCUGCACCGCAAACGACAAGCUACGUCGAAGUUGUUGGAGACAGACGUCCGGCACCUUGGUGGGGGUGUGGCGGCGGGGGGGACCAAGGGUCUGUCCAGCGUCACCGCGAGAGCCAACCACCAGUGCCUCCGCCUCGAACACGCGACCUCGGAAGUGUGGGACGAAUGCAAUAUGUACCCUUACGAUACGUUUGAAGACUACACGGAGAUGCUUAUCCAGUUUGGGUACGUGAGUUUCUUUUCCAUUGCGUUUCCCCUGGCGCCGUUGCUCGCGUUCGUCAACAACGUCGUGUCCCUUCGUGUGGACGCGUUCAAGUUGUGCCACACGACGCAGCGCCCCCGCGCGGACAAGGCCAGUGGCAUCGGAAUCUGGUAGUACCCCAUCCAUCCAUCUACCUACUACUACUCGUACAAGGGGGGAUGUGGGGGGUGGUUGGUCUUACACACAGACACAUACAUUUCCCUGUCCAUCUCUACUAUAAACCAACCGCAAGACAGCUCAUGCAUCUUGGUCGUA